GACUACUUACUAGCCUCAACUACUCCAACCUUAAUAUAUUUUCUCCUUCUUUUUAAUAUUAAGACAUAAAUAUAUAAAAUCCCAUUUGACUUCACUUUUGGGAUUUUUUUGCAGCUAAGAAGAGAAAAAAACAAAGGGGAUUGGUUGAAGAUGGAAGGAGUAAGAUAUUGUGGAUAUGUUUUUACAAUAACAGCAAUUUAUUGUUGUUUUGUGAUUAAGUUUACAGUUGCUCAAAUUACUGAUCCUGCUGAAGUGUCAGCUUUGGUAUCUAUAAAGAAUGGUCUGGUUGAUAAUAUGAACUACCUAGAAGAUUGGGAGAAGGGUGAUCCAUGUACAUCUAACUGGACAGGAAUUCAUUGUUUCAACAAAGUUGGAGCCAAUGGCUACUUGCAUGUCAAGGAACUCCGUAUGAUGGCUAUGAAUCUUUCUGGAAGUUUAACAUCUGAGCUUGGACAACUAUCUCAACUUCAUUUUCUGAAUUUCAUGUGGAAUGAUUUGACUGGGAGUAUACCGGAAGAAAUUGGAAACAUCAAGUCUCUGAAACUUUUGCUCUUGACUGGAAACAAACUUUCAGGAUCUUUAUCUGAUAAACUUGGGUAUCUUCCAAACCUGAGAAUAUUCCAGAUAGACGAGAACCAGAUUUCCGGAAGAAUUCCUAAAUCCUUUUCCAAUUUAAACAGUGUCCAACAUAUCCACUUCAACAACAACACACUGAUUGGACAAAUCCCGCCCGAGCUUUCCAAUUUGUCCACUCUGCUUCACAUGCUUAUGGACAACAACAAUCUUUCAGGAUACCUUCCUCCUGAGUUUUCAAUACUACCGCGUCUUCGUAUUAUACAACUUGAUAACAAUAAUUUCAGCCGUUCCGAGAUUCCAGCUUCUUAUGGGAACAUGUCCUCAUUAGUGAAACUAAGUCUCAGAAAUUGCACAUUGCAAGGAUCCAUUCCUGAUCUUAGCAGAGUACCGAGUCUACACUAUCUUGAUCUCAGCUGGAAUCAACUCUCUGGAUCUCUACCAGAUAAGCUUUCCAACAACAUGACAGCUAUCAUUCUGUCACACAAUCGUCUUGAUGGAUCUAUUCCGAAGAGUUUUUCAUCUCUUCCUUUGUUGCAGAAACUGACAAUGGAUAACAACCUUCUGAAUGGUUCCUUUUCUACUGACAUUUGGCAAAACAAGUUAACUUCAACGUCGUCGCUGUUGAUUGAUCUUCGGAAUAAUUCACUUUCGGACAUUUCGGGUACUCUUGAACCUCCUCUGAAUGUCACUCUAAGGUUGCAGGGCAAUCCUGUCUGCAGAAAUGACAAUGUAAGAAACAUCGUCAAGUUCUGUGGCUCUGAAGCCGGAGCAGAACAUAAGACGAACAACUCAGUGAUUGUAACUGGUGCUUGUCCUAUUGCUGCAUGCCCAAAGGAUAACUAUUAUGAAUAUGUUCCAAACUCACCUGUUCUUUGCACUUGUGCCUCACCUCUCAUAGUUGGCUGGCGGCUGAAAAGUCCUAGUUUUUCUUACUUUGAUCCAUAUGUGCGUCAAUUUGAGCAGUAUAUGACUAGAGAUCUUCAUUUGGACCUUUACCAAAUGUUGAUUGAGUCAAAUUAUUGGGAAGAAGGACCUCGUCUACGAAUGCAAUUGAAGCUUUUCCCAGUAGUUGGGGUCAGUACAUUUAAUAAAAGUGAGGUCAUUCGUAUCAGCGACAUUUUGCAAUAUUGGGAAAUCUCUGUAGUUGACCUUUUUGGACCUUAUGAGCUCCUUAGUUUCACUCUGGAGGGACCUUAUUCCUACUUAAAUCCUGAUAUUCAAGCUAAACAUAAAAACAAAGGUGCUAUCAUAGCUAUCGUUGUAUCAGGUGUUUUUGCUGCAUUUGUUUCAGCAAUUUUAACUGUGUUAAUCAAAAAACGGCAUACCAAAUACCGAAGCAUCCUAUCAAGGAAACGGCUGUCCGCAAAGCUCUCUAUAAAAUUGGACGGCCUUCGAAGCUUCACAUUUAGAGAAAUGACCUUGGCCACUAACAACUUUAAUCACUCAAAUCAAGUUGGUGAAGGAGGAUAUGGGGCUGUCUUUAAGGGAAUUUUAGCUGACAAAACAGUUGUUGCUAUCAAACGAGCAAAAGAAGGAUCAGUACAAGGGCAGAAGGAAUUUUUGACUGAGAUAUCUUUGUUAUCUAGGGUACAUCACCGGAAUCUAGUUUCAUUGCUAGGGUACUGUGAUGAAGAAGGAGAACAGAUGCUGGUUUAUGAAUUCAUGUGCAAUGGAACUUUGCGAAACUGGCUUUCUGCUAAUUGUAAAGGAGCCUUGUCGUUUGCUACAAGAUUGGAGAUUGUACUAGGUGCAGCAAAGGGCAUUCUUUACCUCCAUACAGAAGCUCAUCCACCAAUAUUCCAUAGGGAUAUCAAAGCCAGCAAUAUUCUUCUUGACUCAAAAAUGACAGCUAAAGUUGCUGAUUUUGGAUUGUCUAGGCUUGCACCUGUGCAGGAUGAUGAAGGUGUACUACCUAAUCAUGUUUCAACUAUUGUGAAGGGAACACCUGGUUAUCUAGAUCCCGAAUACUUCUUGACCCGUAAAUUGACAGAUAAAAGUGAUGUUUAUAGCCUUGGAGUUGUGUUUCUAGAAAUCUUAACCGGGAUGCGUCCUAUCUCACAUGGAAAAAAUAUUGUCCGUGAGGUAAAUUUGGCUCAUGGCUCUGAGAAGAUGUUCUCAGUUAUGGACAGUACAAUGGGAUCUUAUCCUUCUGAAUGUGUGGAAAAGUUUGUAGCUUUGGCCCUUAAGUGUUGCGAAGACAAACCGGAAGACAGACCUUCAAUGUUAGAUGUGGUCAGGGAGCUGGAAACUAUUCAGUCUAUUCUCAAUAUGAUGCCAGAUAUUGACGCUGAUUCAGUAGAUUCUAAAGCAAAAUUUAACGAACCAAAGACAUCGUCUUCAUUUUCUGAUUGCACUAGCAAGGACGCGUUUUUAUCGUCCUCCAAUGUGUCUGGAGCUUACAGUAUCAGUGGUGUCAGUCUUACCAUGCCUCGCUAACAGAAUAGAGACAAUACUUGUUCAUCUUUUGUACUAAAAAAGCAUGUAGAAUAGUGAGUUAUACCAUAUAGCUUAUGUUUUAUAUAUGUAUAUUUCAAGGAUUUGUUAACAAAAACCUCUUUAUUAUAGCCUUCUGAGUUCUGACAC